GGGGGCACAGUCUGGAUGCAGUCGAGGGAGGAGGGAAGGGCCGGGGAUUGCAGGGCGGAGGGACGGACAACAGAAUCGUCCCUCUCCCGGGCUCCCUCCCCACGCCAGCCUGGGCCACUAAUUAGAGUGGUUCCUCUGGUGGCCUGUGUCUGGGGGUCCCUGGGCUGAUCCUCGGGAGCAGGGACCAUCGAGCAGCCUCAGCGGAGGGUGGGGAUUGGAGGGCCACAGAGACGGGCGGGCAGGCGAGCCUGAACUUGGCAGCCUGGAUUCCUGGUUUCUUUUUCUCUCCCGAGGCGGGGGGGAGCCUGAACUCUUGGGUCCCUUCCCUGGCUGUGCCACUGCCUCGCUGCGUGACCCUGGCCAGGUCCGUUCACUCCCAGGUCCCGCGGCUGCUGGGCUGGCCGAGGUGAGACCUGGGAGGGGCUCGGCAGAGGGGCACCGAGUUCCAUGGGUGCAAGGGAGUCUUGGCCUUGUUUAAACAUUAAACCUCCGCAUUCUUAAAGGAGGCGGGGAACCAGCUUCCCUGCCACUUCAGCCUGUACCUUGCACUCUGGCCACCGCCAUGAAGCAGAAGCAAGGACUUGAGGACACCGAGGAGUUAACCCUGAAAUUUGAAUUCAACCCCAAAGAUGGGAUUGAUAACCCAGCCCUGUGCCUGGCGGAGGACUCCGAUACAGAAGGGGCAGAGGCGCCGCGGUUCUGCCUGCUGACCAAAGGCAAUGGGGAGAGCUUCGGGUUCUGCCUGCACCAGGAGGUGGGGAACCCGGGGCACAUCGUCCGGCAGGUGGAGUGCGGGGGCAUGGCCCAGCGCAGGGGCCUGCAGGACGGGGACCGGAUCCUGGAGGUGAACGGGGAAUACGUGGACAACAUGGAGCACUUCAGGGUGGUGCAGAAGAUCAAGGCCAGCGGUGACCAGGUGGCCGUCGCAGUCCUGGACGGCCGUGCCUACGAAGUCGCAAAGGCCCUGGACAAGAAUCUGGCAGAGCUGUUGCCGCACCGCGCCGGGCCGCGGCUCUGCCACGUCGUGAGGGACAAAACCGGCUUCGGCUUCCGUGUUUCAGCUCCAGAAGGCGUGAAGGGCACGUUCCGGCUCGCCGUGACGACCGGCAGCCCAGCGGACAGGGCGGGUGUCCCCCCAGACUCCUGGCUGCUGGAGCUCAACGGGGCCAGCGUGAGGAACUACACGUACACCCAGCUCACCAGAAAGCUCAAGCACAGUGGCGGCAAAGUGACCUUGCUGGUGAUAGACGACGAGUCGGAGGAACUCUCUUCUCCCUCUUCCUCUCUCGCGCUGGGUCGCCGCCGCACACACACAGCCCAGUUCCUGAGCGAGGUGGAUGCGGGGCUGCCAGCGGACAAGGCAGGGAUGCAGGACGGGGACCGGAUCCUGGCCGUGAAUGGUGAGGACGUGGAGAAGCUGGGCCACCAGGAGGUAGUGGACAGGAUCCGCGCCGGCGGCAACCAGGUGACGUUGCUGGUCAUCGACCCGGAAGGAGACAAAUUCUACAGCUCGAUGGGCCUGUCACCACUGCUGUUCUCUGAAGAGGGGCCCCCUCUCCCCACGGCUCCCACCUGUCCCAUCACGCCUCAGGGGAACAGCGCGCCCGCCAGCACGCCCUGCCUCUGCCUCCCCGACCGGGGGCCGGAAGGGCGCGGAUUUCAGCAGCAGAUUGUCACUGACGAGCCAGAGGUCUUCAUCACAGAGGCAAGUCCCCAGCAGCCUGAGCACCAGGGGUGGCCGAACAAUGUCAGCCUGACCCACACACCCCCAGCCUGGCUGGAGGCCCCAGACAGCGCCCCUCUGGCACGACUCAAGCUCUGAGCCUUGCAUCCCGCCCCCAAGACAGCGGGCCUCUCUGUGUCCCUGGCUGCCUGUGCCCGGAAUCCUGAGCUGCCUCCCCACCACUGGUUUCAUUGCCUAACUGAGGCAACGUUUGGGGUGGGGUUGGGAGGUGAACGAUUGGGAGCAGCAUUCCCUUUAAUCUGAGUGCUGCCCCGGAGAGAUUCGGGUGCUGUCCAGUGGAUUAGCAGAGCACCGUCAGCCGGCAGUGUAUGUUUCCAUUGGUGGUGCACAGCGGCACAUACCUGGGUGCACAAAACAAAAUUUAUUCUGCAUAUGGGUGGAAAAACUUCAAGGGAGCCUAGGCUGGGAGUCAGAGCUCCUGGGUUCUAGUCUCCUUGCAUUCGCUAACGUGCCCCGGUGAAGGGCCGUGGGCUCCUCAGUUGGCUGGCGCGGGGCAGAGCCUCCCGGCGUGGUUAUUAGAGGGGCUAGGUGGAAAAGCGUUGCCAUCCAGAGCCCUGGGCUGCAGUGGAGCUGCCCUAGACAGUGGGCACAGGCGGGUGCCGUGGGCUAGUCUGGCCAGACGAGCCCGGCCGUGGGCAGGCAGAGGCUACUCUUGCUGGGCCAGGCCACCGGUUAACCGGGAAAGCUGAUGCUUACUGGUUAACCACAGACAUCCCUUCUUCCCCUCCCCACACGCCAGCUGGAUCCCCCCUCCCUGCUCCUUCCCCAGUCACCGCGGCGCUGUCCUUUCUCCGUUCCACGCAGGGGCCGCGACGUGAGGAAUCAAAGGGGCUGAGCCAGUCCUGCUAGCCACGCGACGCUGGGCCUGGGGGCUGAGCGCCCUCGCCGCGGCUUCAACCCUCGGCCCUGACCACGCCGUUUUGCACAAACGAUAAACUUGCACGUUGAUUCUUCCCUUGCUACGAGCGCCUGGGCUGCUGCUCCGCCAAUCAUCUGAUCUUGGGAUUUCCCCUGCUGCCUCUCCUGUGCUCAGUCUCAGAGAUUCAGGUCGGACCCAGCACGGGAGCAGGCCCCAGGCCGGCGAACCAAGGAGGCCUCACAUUUAAGGAAAGCAGGGCGGAGGCAUGGUGCCUCUUUUAUUGACAGACACAGCAGCACCAUCUCGUCUCCCCUGUGGCCAGGGGGAGCACAGCAACGGAGCACGUAGGAGAGGGCUUCACAGACGGGGAAGUGGCUGCACUGGGCCCUGGGGUGACGUGUGGCGAGACUCUGAUGUUAGAGGCACUGGAGCUGGGGACUGGUGGCCCACUGGCUGGGGGAGGGGGGGGGCUGGGGACUAAGAGUGAAGAGAAAGCUGGGGAGGAAAGAGCAGCAAGUUAUGCACAGGCGGGAGGGAGGCGAAACCUUGUCGUAGAAUCCCAGGGCUGGAAGAGACCUCAGGAGGCAUCAGGUCCAGCCCCCUGCUCUAGGCAGGACCAAUCCCAACUAAAUCAACCCGGCCAGGGCUUUGUCAAGCCGAGACUUAAACACCUCUAGGGGUGGAGACUCCACCCCCUCCUU